UGCAAAAUAGACCAAACAGACCAGAACGGUGUUUGGGAUUUGAGAAUUCAAUGAGAGAAGUGCAAAAGUAUUCCUUCUUUGUUUAUUUUCUCGAAAUCUAAAGGCACAACAUAGAUUCAAGCCAAUGUCGUAAGCAGAUGAAUAUAUUAUUACUCCAACCUCGUAAGAUUGACAAACAGACGUUUUCAUUUUCGUCAAAAACAACUUUAUUUCCAAGGGGUGCCUUUGAUUGGACGACCUGCACAUGCGCAGUUCGUCGAGAGACGACUUGUUAGACCCGGUGACGUGUUUCUACGCAUGCGCUAAGCUAGCCAAUUUCGCUAUGGAAAUCGCCUACUAGUGUGAUCGGGGACUGGAUAAGCAGUUUUCAUACUGUACUGUCUUUGAUGUAAUGCAUUUAGAACUACAGUGCCUGUGCAUUUGUCAGGAGUGGAACUGCUAUUGACUACUACAAUGUAGCACUAGGGGGCGCUGUUUGGGCGUACAAUAUUUUUCCUAGAGAUUUCCAGUGGGAGUGUUCUUAUGUCAACCCCUCUCCCGCCUUAUACCGACGGAUUUCUCCCUAUUCAAUUCGGAUAGUGUGUAGCUAGUAGUAGUAAGAAGGUUACGUUCAUGGUUUUUAACUUAAAAUCUUCAAAACAUCGCCCGUGAAAACGGCAGGCAUCGGUACCGGUUUUAUUCUGCGAAUAAAUCACUGCACGCUCGCGGAGGUUCCUUUGCACAGGUGAAACAACCAUUUUCCGCAUUGGUGGAGGAUUGCAUUGGGAUAUCAUCAGCUGAACGGGUCGAUUGAUAUUGGUGUGACUGACCCGGUCAGGAGCCUACUGCCCUGAGAGGCUCUCUGGAUCGCUACCUCUCAGGCUACGUCCCCCAUCCCCACCUACCCAGGCCUGCGCUACAGUACCCCCUCCCCCACCCCACCGUGGGACUUUGGAGCAUCAUCCUAGCCUGGAACACGUUAAGACUGCUAAGUGAUGAGCGAGUUCUGGUUGUGUUUCAACUGCUGUAUUGCAGAGCAGCCCCAGCCGAAGCGGCGAAGGCGCAUCGACAGGAGUAUGAUCGGGGAGCCCACUAAUUUUGUCCACACAUCCCACGUGGGAUCGGGAGACAUCUUCAGUGGCAUGAACUCGGUGAACUCCAUUCAAAACCAAAUGCAGUCGAAAGGUGGAUACGGCGGAGAGGCCAUGCCUGUGAAUGUGCAGCUGCAACUGGUGGACACAAAAGCAGGAUAACAUGGAGGGGCAGCUUCACGGUUCCUUCAUGUUGAUGUUUUUCAUCCUGGUCUCCAUGUCUGCCUUCAGUGACUGCUUCCCUCAUCCUCCCUCCCCAAUAUUGGACUAGGGGAUGAUGUUCGCCUCCUGUCCUUCCGCUCUGUCUGUCCUCCUUUGCUCCUCCCAAUGAGCCCACUAUCGACCCCCCCCCCUUCUCUCCGCCUCAGCCCUCUCCACCUCAGCCCUCUCAACUCUCCUCGCGCCACAAAUACAUGGACAGUUUUUGUCACGUCAUUGGAAGGAGGCUGCUCCCCCCCUCUGCCUCUGUUCAUCCGCCCAUCUCCCACGGAGGACGACAGUCAAAAGGACAGCAGCGCUUCAGUUUUAGUGUACCUCACCCUUCCAACUUAAGCCAGAUGCAAAAAGCAUGAUCCUCAUCUCUGCAAGUUCAAAGUGUAAAAUGCUUCUUCUCUUCAAAUUCUAAUUUUUUGAUGUGAGUUUUUUGGGGGGAGGGCUGUGGGGUUUUGUCAAUUCAGUGUUUAAAGGUCUGGAACCUACAAGUACAAAAUGUAGAUUUUUGUUUUAUUUUUAUUAUUAACAUAUUUCUUUUUAUAUAUAUUUUUCUCUGGUUUGGCGGUCAGAAUGGUGGGUGACCACGUUUGUGAAAAGUGGCUUGCUAUGGCCCUUGGGUGCCAAAAUGUCUGUAGAGCAUAUGGAAUGAUAUUUUUUUCUGCUGACAAUAAGUUUUUUUUGUUUUUUUUUGACUGCCUCAAGUGAAUUCCACUCCAAUAGGAAAUGUGAUUGUUACUUCGCUGUUGUUUACAUCGUUCCAGUUCCCAUUCCUUGUCUUUAUUUUCAUGAUAAUUGUUCAAUAGAACAAUAACUGAUGUUGAAAUGGCAUGAACUGGCAUUUCACUCAACAUUCUACUGUAAAUGUUUUGGUAAACUUGAUUUCAAUAAGCCUGGGCUAUAUGAGUAUAUGCUGUGCAGUAAAAUGUAAAGACCUUUAGCUAUGUGAUACAGUGCUGGCUACUGGUGGUACAGUGCUGGCUACUGGUGGUACAGCGCUGGCUACUGGUGGUACAGCGCUGGCUACUGGUGGUACAGCGCUGGCUACUGGUGGUACAGCGCUGGCUACUGGUGGUACAGCGCUGGCUACUGGUGGUACAGCGCUGGCUACUGGUGGUACAGCGCUGGCUACUGGUGGUUAAUGAGUAGGUACUGGUGUGGUUAACAGAAUCUAUAAAGCAUUCAAUGUUGCAAUCUGGCAUCGAGGCGAACCCAAACUCGAAGUUGUCUGUAAAAGCUUGACCAUGUGGCCGAGUUCAUGAACUCAUGCACAUUCUAAGAGUAAAGAAUAACUUAUCAAAGAAAAUGUUAUCUUUUGUCUAUGAAAUGACUUGGGGUCAUUGAAGAUGCCUAGACAACUCCAAUGUUUGUGCAAAACAAAGGACAGUAUGAUUACCAUUGACACACAGGUUGACAUCCUACUGUUUAGCUCCAAGACAUUUUGUUCAGGUUCCGAGGCAUAUUUUCCAUUAUUUUAAACAUGACGUGUGUAUGAUAUUGCACUGGUGUUGUAAAUGGUUUGGGGUAGGAUAUGGUGUGGUCUAAUAUAGGGUGUAGUCUAUGGUUUGGGGUAGGAUAUAUGGUGUAGUCUAUGGUUUAGGGUAGGAUAUAUGGUGUAGUCUAUGGGUUGGGGUAGGAUAUAUAUGGUGUACUCUAUGGUUUGGGGUAGGAUAUAUGGUGUAGUCUAUGGGUUGGGGUAGGAUGGGGUGUGGUCUAAUAUAGGGUGUAGUCUGGUUUGGGGUAGGAUAUAUGGUGUAGUCUAUGGUUUGGGGUAGGAUAGGGUGUAGUCUCUAUGGUUUGGGGUAGGAUAGGGUGUAGUCGCUAUGGGUUAGAGUAGGCUAGGGUGUAGUUUGUAUGGGUUAUGGUAGAAUAGGAUGUAGUCUCUGGUUUAGCAUAGGAUAGGGUCUAGUCUCUAUGGGGUAGGCUAGGGUGUAGUCUCUAUGGUUUGUGGUAGGAUAGGGUGUAGUCGCUAUGGGUUAGAGUAGGCUAGGGUGUAGUUUGUAUGGGUUAUGGUAGAAUAGGAUGUAGUCUCUGGUUUAGCAUAGGAUAGGGUCUAGUCUCUAUGGGGUAGGCUAGGGUGUAAUCUCUAUGGGUUAGGGUAGGCUAGGGUGUAGUUUGUAUGGGUUAGGGUAGAAUAGAAUGUAGUCUCUGGUGUAGCAUAGGAUAGGGUGUAGUCUAUGAGUUAGGGUAGGCUAGGGUGUAAUCUAUGGGUUAGGUGUAGGAUAGGGUGUAGUCUGUAUGGGUAGGAUAGGGUAUAGUCUGUAUGGGUUAGGGCAGGCUAGGGUGUAGUUUGUAUGGGUUAGGGUAGAAUAGGAUGUGGUUUAGCAUAGGAUAGGGUGUGGUCUCUAUGGGUUAGGGUAGGCUAGAAUGUAGUUUAUGGAUUUAGGUAGAAUAGGGGGUAGUCUAUGGGUAGGAUAGGGUGUAGUUUAUGGAUUAGGGUAGGAUAUUUUAAGAAUUUUAACAAGCUGUAGAAAAUAUUCAAAAUCGAAAAUGAAGUCUUCAAAAAGUCCUUUAAUUUAUCAAAUUAAUAAUUUGUUUUCAAUUAAUGCCCCUGUCAUGGUUGAAAAUGUAAAUAAUGAAAUAGGGGUUUGGUUCACUUAUUUGGAUUAAAACUAAUACCAGUAUUGAUGAGGAAAGAAGAGUCACUGGGCCUCGAACUCAUCUGAUAAAAGUAUCACACUGAUUGUUGUCGGUCCUUCCCUCAAGUGCUUUGUUUGUAUAUACCAUAUUCCUUGUGUGCCACAACCUACCUGAGGUAUUCUAAUUUAUUGUUUGUCUUUUGUAACUUUUUUUGUACUCUAGUUUCUUUCAGAUUGAUUGGAAUGUUCAAACCCCCAAACCCCAAAAAAUUCACCAUCUGAUAAAUAAUUGUGGUAAUAUUUAUUCACCAUUAUUAGAAAUGUACUGGACUUGGGGGGGGGGGGAGAAGUUUUCCCAAAUACUAAGUCUAAAUGAGAAUGUCAUACAAUGUUUUGUGACAACUGAAAAGCACAAGAGUGUGUGUGUGUGUGUGUGUGAACAAUAUGAAGUUUGCAAUACAAUGCGAGUGUUGGCCAAAGUGGUAUUGACCAGGGUACGUCAGCAUGAAUCUACUCUCAGCCAAUGCUCACCACAAAUGACUUUCAACAUCAGGGAAUUCACUCUGCUCAGUAAUGUUAAUUUUUCUUUUUGUUUUACAUAUCUGAUGGGUUUUUUUUGUGCUUUUUUUUUUGUACACUUCCAUCCCUCAUGAAUUGACAUCCAGUGUUGGCUUGUAGAUUACCAAAUGUCUUCGGUUGAAAUAAAUAUUUUUUUUCCAUGUUA